GAUGCAGUUAGCUGCAGUGCUGAAGGACACGAAGAGCAAGAAGGAGGUGGAGGCGCAUGCAGACGAAUUGGAUGCCAUCGCAAAGGAGUGGCCGAUUGUCAACAUUGUCAAGCUCCAGACGCUGAGUGAUCUGCCAAAAGCUGGGUCAAGAACACAGGCUGCCAAAGAGCUGGCCUCAAAACAGUCAGACUUCGAGAAGAUCAAGGGAGCUAUGGCAGGAACUUCUCCAAAGACUUUCCAGGCACCUGCAAUCAAAGGGGACUGGCGCGAGAUGGCAGAUUCAUGGUCUUUUUCAGCGAAGGUUACUUGUCUGACUGCCAUCUCUGCAUGCCAGUUGCAGAUCAACGACUCGUACUUGCGGCUACUGGAUUCCGAAGGGAGUCUCCUUGUCAAGACAUUCGUGCCAGAGACGCUGGACAAGGGCAAAUUGGAGGCUUCUUGGUCUCGGAAUCAAGGACGACUUGAGGUCAGUGGCCCCAAAAAAGUGAAGAGCCAGGAAGGUCUUAAGAAGUCCAUCCAUGUGGACUCGCUGGAUUGA